UUUGUAAAAGUCAAACAGGACGCGAUAGACAAUGAAACGUUUAAGAAAAUUUGAAGAACUCAACGUAUUUGGACCGUACCAAAAACGACUUGCAGUUCUAAUGAUGCUGGCAACAAUACCAAACGCAUUUUCAACAUUUCAGUUUCUUUACAUUCAUUAUCGACCAGACUUUCAUUGUGAUAUUCCUCAGGAAGUCUUGAAUGAGUACACAAACCUAAAUGAAACCCAAAAAGAAUAUUUGCUGAAUUUAACAGUUCCAUGGAUCAGCAACGACCAACAUGAGUUGGUCAGAAGCAAAUGUUGGAACUAUAAGUUGUCGGAAAACACUACGGACGGGGAUAUCGGCAUACAAGUUGAAAACCAGACUGUGCCAUGUCGUCAUUGGAGAUAUAGCGAAGACGCAGUGAGUGUCCUAACAGAGUUUAACUUCGUGUGUGAAGACGCGUGGGUGAAACCAUUUGCAGUCUCCUUAUUCAUGGCUGGAAAAAUGUUUGGUGGUAUUACAGGCGGUGCCAUCUCGGACAGGUUUGGUCGCCGUACUGUGUUUUUAUUGUUCACCGUAUGGCAGUAUUUCUUCACUUUCCUAUUAAGCAUGUCCACCAAUACCACCAUGUAUGCAAUUCUGAUGUUUUUAUGCGGUUGUGGGACUCUUGUAAACUAUAUGGCUGCAGCUUUGCUCUCAAGCGAAGUUGUACCAUCCGAAAAUCGUGUGCGGAUGUUUUCUUUUGUCCAAGGCGGCUUUUCUUUGGGCUACACAAUACUUCCCUUAUUUGGAUAUUUGUUUCAAAACUGGCGUUGGUUCUUACGAGCUACGAAUCUUAUUGGUUUGCUCUACAUCCCUUAUUUUUGGUUGAUCGACGAAUCGCCUCGUUGGUUGGCAUCUGUUGGGCGAGAUAAAGAAGCUGACGCAAUACUAUUAAAAAUCGCAAAGCUUAAUAAUCUUCGCAUCGAAUCCGAACACAAAGAAUCGGAAGCAAACAUUUGCAACGAAGAGACAAACUUCGAGAUCAGUACGGAAACUGUUGAAGAACAGUUAGGAGUUCUGAAAACGUUGAAACAAGCAGCUCGUCGACCUGUACUGAUACGAAGGAUGUUAAUUGUAUGCCUUGCCUGGUUUUGUAUCAACUUGCUAUAUUACGUGAUCGGGCUAAACAGCAAUAGUUUGUCGGGAAAUCGUUUCAUCAACGUUUUCUUACUCGGAUUGUUGGAUAUAGCUGCCACAGCAUGGUUUUAUUUGACGGCGGAUAAGCUGGGUCGAAGGAACUCCUACAUUUCCAUGGUUACUAUGAUGGCGAUUUUUACUGUUUUAACGCCAUUUGCAGGAAAAUGGCACCCGACUCUGACAAAUGUGUUGGUUUGCACCAGCAAGUUAAUUGCGUCUGUGGGAUUUUCCAUAAUUCUUUUGUACACCGGUGAGCUCUUUCCGACUGCCCUUCGGCAAUCGAUCACUGGGAUUUCAAAUGCAGUGGGCAAAAUGGGUGGCAUAACUGCACCAUAUGUCUUGUACGCAGGUGAUCCUACAGGUUCAAUAACAACUUCUAUAAUAAUUGGAUCUGUGCUCUUGGCAUCAGCCGUGUUAUUUUUAUUCUUGCCCAGAGCAAUAAACCAGACGCUGCCUCAGUCUAUAGAAGAUGCCGUUAACAUGAGAAGUGAGGUUGCGUGUUUGGGCUGUGUUCGAAAGAAUUCUCCAUCUGAAGAUAAAACUUAAAGGCGCGUAAUUGCGCCACAAUCACGUACAUUUCAUCAUCACUGUUAUUUAUCUGCCGUGAUUUUACAGUUACACGGAAAAGCUUAACACAGAAUGGUAUAUGAUGUAACAUCUUGCUUUAUAUUCGGCAAACGUAAUAUAUUUAGAAUUAGUAUUUAAGUAAACGCUAAAUAAGUUUGACCAUAGCGAGCUUUUUAUUCAAGUGUGAAAAUAAAACGUAGUCUAUUGAACCGAUUUUAAAAUUUACAUUGUGUAAUGUAGUCGAUCAGUCCUUGCCCUGUGGCAGUACACAAUGAUUGGUUAGCCCAGCAAAAAGUCAAUGAACAAAUUAUCAUAAUAUGUUCUAGUGGGCCAUGGAAGAAUAAUUACGGUUGGAAUGGACCAGUAAUGUGGCAAACGUAAAUCCAUCUAUGAGGUCACCAGUCCCUUCAUGAACAAGUUUACUGUUUAAUGAAUGAGAGUUGAUUAUUGACUGGGCAAUUGCAGAAGUUCUAACACGGUUGUCCUUAUUUCUUGCACUUUGUGCGGACUCAUCAGUAUGUCAAACUUUGGUAUACCUUCAGAAUUAACAAAAUUAAAGUUUACCUUUGGAUGAAACAUUUUAAUACUGAGCGCGACAAACUUGAAUAUUCGGUGAAAACGUUGAACGACACAAAGUAUGCAGUAAAUAGAAAUCAAAUGUUUGAAGGUUCCUAACCACCAAAUAUCAGACACUAAAAGUGAACACAAGGGAAACAAAUAAACACUAGAUUUAGUUCAAUCAGAUAUUUUUCACAUGUGCUGAGGCAAAGUAUACAAUUUUACAAUAAAAUUAAUUUGUUUCGCUGGAAAGAAAAUGCUUGCAAUUGCCGAUUUUGGAAAAUUUAGUGCACACAUUGAAGACGAA